GAGCUCGGGUGGAUCCCUGUGCCCCGCCGUCGCAAUGAGCCGCCUCAGCGGUGGUUGGGAUGGCGCCAGUGGGGAAGCUCGGCUCCUCCUGGACCUGUGAGUGCCGACCCCGCUGCCCGCCGGCCCCUCUCCGCGGUGCGGUCAGCGCCGGCUCUGAGCUCUGCCCUCAGGGCGGGCCGCCUGCCCUCCUGUGGGGGAGUGGGGCUGGCAGGGGCUGGCAGGCUUCGGGUCGGGGUCGCGGCGUGUGUCAUCUGGCAGUUGGGCAGGGCAGGCGGUGGGGUUCGGCUGAACUCAGCGGCAGCAGGAUGGGUGACGGGUGUGAUGGGUAGCAGGACUGACUGCAUGGGAGUUCCAGAGCCUGCCAAGGAGGCAUUUAGCGGAGAGGUGGAGGCAGCUGGGGCAGGGACUUAAUUUUUCAUCGUAAUCUCUCCCUUCAGAGACAAAGAAAAUUGCUUCUUUAAGGACUAGCUGUCUCUGAGCGUGCCAGUGAGUGCUGAUGAUCUGAAGGUGCGUUCAGUAUUUGACAAAGAACCUUUCCAGAUACACUGCAGAUAUCAAGACGUUGCCACCUAACAUUAAGGAUAAACUAAUCAAAUUAAUGAGUAGACAAGGGCAAAUAACAGAUUCUAACAUCAGUGAGGUAUUGCACCCUGCUGUGGAGUCUCUAGACCUCCGAGAAUGUGAUAUUUCAGAUAAUGCAUUAUUGCAGCUUUAUAACUGCAAGCAAUUGAAAAAAAUCAACUUAAACUCUUGCAAAGAAAACAGAUUGGGAAUCACUUCAGAAGGUGUCAUAGCCCUGGCCUUAUCCUGCCCUUAUUUGCGUGAAGCAUCUUUCAAAAGGUGCUGCAAUAUAAGUGACAGUGGAGUUCUUGCUCUUGCGCUCAAUUGCCAGUUCUUACAAAUACUGAACUUGGGCAGCUGCUCAGGCAUCAUGGAUGCAUCUCUGCAGGCACUGGGAGAAAACUGUAAAUUUCUUCACAGUGUGGACUUCUCAUCUACUCAGGUAACAGAUGAUGGUGUUAUAGCACUAGUGAAUGGGAUGUGUUCAAAGAAUUUAAAGGAGAUCCAUAUGGAACGCUGUGUUAAUCUGACUGAUGUUGCUGUGGAAGCAGUCCUCACUUGUUGUCCAAAGAUACACAUUGUUCUGUUCCAUGGAUGCCCAUUGAUAACAGAUCGUUCACGAGAUGUUUUAGAGCAGCUCAUCAUCUCAAACAAAAUCAAGCAAGUGACAUGGACUGUUUACUGACUAUAUUUUGUCUGCGUAUGUAUGAGUGUAAAGUUUACAGUUGUUCAGGAAACAAGCGCCUCUAAUAAACAGCUGGUGACUUCUGUAGCUGCGGAUUGCUUCUCUCCUUCUUCCCACCAGAGGUCUCCAUCGCCAUUCCAGUCUUUGAACGUGAGUCUGAGCUCCCCUAGCAUCUCUGCUUAGAGCCUGUCUGUCUUCGCAGCACUGAUCAUGAUUCGUUAAAAGGAAAGUUCAACUACAGUCAGCAUUGCACUGUCAUCUCUCAGCCUCCUUGAAUAAUGAGAUUUGGCCAUUACUGAGCAUGUUUUAGCAUCUUAGCUACCUACAGAAACCUGGUCUUGCUAAGUCCCUGCUCUGUUUUUAAUCUGAGAGGGUAAUUGUAGCUAAAAGUAUCAAACCUAUGCAGAGUAUUAACAGUUAUGCAACACUGGGAUGCUGCCAAAGCCAACAGACAGAACUGGUAAGUGGAAGUGUCAUUAACAGGAGUGCAAAUGUGUUUUAUGUAGUAACAGUCUCCUUUCACCAGGAACUUUUGCUUUGCCUGGAGGAAAAACUGUAUAUAGCUUUCUUUUGAUGUUAUUGAUGUUACGGGCUUCUGUCUUUAUCUGUCACCAGUAUUUACAGGAGUCUUACGCAUUCAAAAGUACAGUCUGAACAAGCAAACAUAGAAGACCUUUGGAAUUAUUGUAGUGUUUAACAAAUCUCAGAAUAGUGCUGAUGACUGAUGAAAUAAUCUUAUAUGAUACUCAUUUGCUCUGUCUUUUUCCUAUUGCAAAAUCAUUGGAGAGAACACAGCAUUAGUUUCUGUAAGCAUAGCUGAGAGUGAAGUAAGACUGCAUUUAGCAUCGGAGUACAUGAAUCUCAAGACAGUAGAGUUCAACAGAGUUUGUGUUCUGGUAUGUAUGGUUUAUUACAUCUCCAGUGGCCUCUAGAAGAUGAAAAUGUUUAUGUACUGUUUGACUGUAGUCAUUUUAAAAAAUAUAUAAGUGUAGAAUUGAUGAUUUGACAGAACAGUGGUUUCAUCAUAACUACAAGUUGUGUUCACUGGCUUUCUUGAAGCAGUAGAACUUACAGUGAGACAUAUAAAAAUGCUUGUAACUUCAAUGCAGAGAGCAGACAGCACACCGUGUUGAUACUCCAUGUUUGGAAGUAACAGUAUUUAGCUGGGCAGGUCUUACAUGGAUCUGAUGACUCAAAAAUGCCUGAGUUUAGGCAACAGUAAGGAAUAUUUAUUUUGUAAUUUAAUGCUUGUUGUGGCCCAUGCUAAUUUUAAAUGUCAAAGAAAUAAAAGAGUCUCCUGCUGACCUAUUUAAAGUACAGCUCAAAUGGCGUGGAAGAUAAUGCAUUGCAUUCAGUACUCUGUUAAAGAAUAUUACAGUAUCUGACAAUGAUCUCUGCUCCUCUCUUCUUUAUAUGGCUUAUGGAAGAGCAAGUCCAUUUAGAAAACUUGUUUGUGUGUAACUGUAGGCACAGAAUCAUAGAAUCACUCAGGUUGGAAAAGACUUUAGAGAUCAUCAAGUCCAACCACAACCUGACCAUACUACCUUAACUCUAAGAACCCUCUAUUAAAUCAUGUCCCUGAGCUCCACACAUAUAUAUAUAUAUCAUAGAGCAAAAGCAUGAUUUUAAAACUCAAGAACAUAAAUCUCUAACUGUUUUUGCAUGAAGUAAUUGAUCUGCUGUGUCUGUUUUCAGGAAAGGUGCCACAAAAAGAGGUGGGAUCAUUAGCUACCUGAAGUGGGAAGGGGCCUCAGGAGCUUCCUGCCUAAAUCAGGGCCAGCUCAGGGCUUUCUCUGACCAAAUCUCUCAAGUGCUACAAUCAAAUAGAAAAUUAGAAAUGGAAAUACAUAAAGCAGCUUAAGGUGGAAGACCACUGAGGCCUGUAACAGCUAAGGACACUUACAGUGCUAGCCCUGUGCUAAUGUAACUCUGGGUUUGUCAUAUUAAAGGCAAAUGCAGCUUAUGCUGUCCUUAAAUGUGCAUGCAGAUUUACAGCGUUCUUCUGCAGUCUCUUCUAAAUGUGUGACUUAGUGCUGUACCUCACUUAGUGCUUAGGAAAACCAGUACAACAGUGUGAUGAGUAACACUGCAUUCUUAGGUAUAAAAUUUUGAGUCUCAGUAAAAUCUUCACUUCCAGAGCUUAAGACUGCUCGUUCAUAGGUUUGUUACCAGCAUCAUUCUACUGGAAUAGUUCUUGAUUCAGGCUGAGUCACAGUCAUUUUCAAUAAAUGCUUAAGAGUGCAGGAGUGAAGCUGGAGACGAACAUUGUGUAUGCACUUACCAGUUCGUAUUUGAUAUUGUACCUGUAUGUUACUGUUGUAGAUUCUUGGGUGAGCACUGCAGAAUAUUUGUGUAUUGCUUUGGAUAUUAAAGCCAGUAAGUCUUCUGUUUGGAUAUUUCUGAAAA